AUGCGUAUCACGGUCUGGGUUCUCAGGCCUCCCGCAGAGCCUGUCAAGUUCUUUCUCUCCGUUGAACAGGAUGCCACCUUCCAACGUGUCUGGACCCUCGUCCAGCAACGCUAUAGGGAAAACUAUAGCGCUGGCCGCAGAAAUGAUUACUACCUCAAGAAACUGCAGGAUAGCACCGGGGCUGAUAUCGACAUGCGUGAUACCGUUAUCGACAUCUUCGGCGAGAUCACCGAUCCUGUGAAGCGUAUUGUCCAGAUCCAAACGUUACCUACUGGUAGAGACGACACUGUGCCGUUCGACUCGCACCUUCAUCCUCCAAUCGUACCUCCGUCAGCCCAAGAACAGCAAGAAAUCGACAGGCGUCGCCUUGAAUUCAGUCGCUACGGUGCUACUCUCGACAACCUCGACCCAGAUCAUCCGGUCGAAUCCAAUGAGAGCACAACUGAGAGACGCAUAGACCAAGAUGGCUUUGCUAUUCCGGCAAGACUUAAUCGUCCUCCUCGCGCCCACGUCCCGCCAAGCAGUCAGACCGCUCCAAGCUCGCAACUGCUUUCACAAGUCUCCUACGAAGACCAUCUUGUCCAAUCGCCGGAGCUCGGCUCGCCUCAAAAAGUUCCCUCGGCCAUUCCACGUCUCGAGACUCCUCCUGCGGCAGCCAACACAGCUUCCCAGUAUUCCACGCUUGAUGCAGUGCCCAGUGCUCAGAAGCCCCCAGCUGCCCUUUUAAGCAACGACCGAUCUCCUGUGGCCGCACCAGCAGACAAUGAAACAGCACUCGACUUGGCCGACCCCAUCUCGGAGGAUUCCCAACCUCGCCUUAGUAGCUCGAUAACUCGAACACCAGCGCGCUCAUCGGGAUCAAACAAAAGAAAGAGCUUGGGCAGCAGUGAAAGCCGCGAGACCAACAGACAAAACCUCUCCAAUCCUUGGACAGAUGAAGAAUUGGAGUCACUGGUUGAAGGACUUGCCAAAGGGCUUACUCAUGCGGAAAUGAAGCAGCGCAAUCUUCCAAACAGAAGUGUUGAUAGUAUCAGGAAGAAAGCGACUGCGUACACUAAGCGAAAUCCCUUGGCCAUUCAAAAGCGACAAGCUAGUUUGGCUGUCUCCUGGACCCAGGAUGAAGACGCAUACUUUGUCCGUGCCAUACGCAAUAACCAAACCUGGAAGACUCUACACGACCAUCGGUUCCGUGACCGAUCCGACGAUAGUGUCAAAGUUCACUACGUCGAGAUACGCAAACGACUGCAAGAGGAAGAUACGGUCAAAUCUGCUCGCGUCCACUAUCGAGAGCAGCUGAAAGAUGGAAUGCCCUCGACUGGUCCCAAUGAGAAGUUCACACAAGAGGAGGAUGAUCUUCUUCUCGCUUGUCGUAUCGAGGGUGUCGAGAUAAAGCGUGUCGCUAAAGAAGUCUUUCCUCGUCGCCCUGUGGAACAAGUUACGAACAGAGCUGGUAGCCUGUUCCACAGCGCAAAGCGAGCAGCGGCCAAGGCAACCCCUCUGAAUCUUGGAAGAUCUCCUUCUGUCGACUUCCUAUGGGAGCACAGCCCGGAGACGCGCGAGAGAGUCGAAGCCCAGCGAGAGAGAGCCAGGGAGUUUAAGAAGAAAUCGAGUAGUGCCAGAGCUAAGGAGUUCGAAGAGAUGUCACACCAGAAGUCCUUACUCAGCAACGACAAGAAACGCGCCGAGGAGCGAAGAGAAAAGGAAGAGAGCCAAAGACAACGGCUCGAAACCUCCGAGGAAGCCCGAAAACAAGACGAACGAGUCAAGCGCCGCCGCCUCGAUGAUGACCUUCAGCGCGAAGACGACUACAAACAGCAAUUGGCCGCCUGGGGGGAGCAAGCAGCACUUGACAGGCAGGCCGGCCGUGCAGUUCGGCCACGCCCCACCCGUCCACUGGGAAGCAACAUUGGCACAGAAAUUUUAUCGACCCCAGUUCCAGCCUCCAGCCAGAAGGACAAUGCUGCAAAAGCCUCAAAGUCCGGUCCAAAUACUACACCACUGGUCAAUCAAGGCACGAAGAAACGGAGACAAUCCGAUGUUGAAGUACAGGUCGUCAUCACCUCCUCCAAGAAACAAAAGACCGCCGUCACUGCAGAAGCCACCCCUCAAGUUAAGCCAUCCGAAGUGAAGGCAGCUAGCGCCCACAAGGCCCCAGAAAUCUCAACACCGAAACGAGUUGCUCCUCCUGUGAUAGCACGAUCUGCUAUGGCAAAACUCGGACGCACGACGCAUCUUCAAAAGACUGGUACUGACCUUGAAUCUGCCCUCGCAUCGAUGGCUGCAACUCGACCCGUCGGACCAAGCGCAUCAUGGAAGUCCGCAAAAGAAAAGACCGUUCGCGAUCUGUCUUCGCCAGGCGUCUCCACAGCUAAGAGCUUGCGCCAAUCGAAGCUCCCCUUUCUAGUUAACGGUCAGCAAUUGUCACCAACCUCUGCAAGGAAGUCGACACCUUCUUCUUUCAGAAAGUCGACACCUGCCUCUGCCAGGAAUCCGGCGACUGCUUCUGUCACCCCACGUGUACACGCUCCCAUGGAUGACAGUCUGUUUAUCUCUUCUGAUGAAGAAUCGUCAUAUGAUGACAAGGACAUCACAGACGAAGAGAUGCUGCGUUCUGAAGCCAUGCACAGCAGCAGUCCUGUCAAAGGUCCGCAGAUGAAUACUGCAGAAAGCAGUCUGCAGCAAAAUUCGCAAACGUUGUUUUCUCCUAGUGCAAGCGCUUUGAGGAGUAGUCCGCCUGUUGCUUCGAUGCAGCCGACCCUCAAAGCUAAGGUCCUUCAUGGGAGUGCGGCUCUCCGAAGUGCCACAAAAAUGGGCACACCUCUCGCGUCGACUAUGCCUUCCAUCCCAAUCUCUGAGACAACUCGUGCUAUAAACAGUGAACGUCAAGAGAUAUUUGAUAUACCCGCAGAGCGCGAAAUUUUGAGCACACCACAAGAAAACAAAAUGCCUGGAUUCGAGAUGAGCACAGCUGAGAACGUUUUUAGCGACAAUGAAGAGGAUGUCUCCAUGCCGGACGAGGAUCAGAUCGUACAUGCGACUCAUUCCACCCCAGUAUUCCCAAGCUCAAGUCCAUCAAUUGGAGCGCAGGACAUAGCUAGCGUAUCUUCGUUGGACCAAGACACUGCCAAUGAAACAGCAGCUGUUGACGACGCCCUCAAACAACCCAUAACGGAAAAAUCUGAAGCUGUAUUCAUCCCAUCAGUAGCCGCAAAGAACAUCGCCAACAACGUAACCAACGGCGAGGAGAAAUACCAACCACAUGUCCACUCAGACGAGGAUGAUGUCGAGGAAAUCGAGUGUUAUAGAAGCGAUUCCAGGGAGAUCGAGGGCGAGGACUGGCCUAGUGAGAAGUCUGAUGGAGGGAUGCCGUUCCCGAGUCGCGAGGAUGGAUCGUUUGGUCCUUUCAAAGUGUACAAGAUCAAGCGUACUACCCACUUGAAUGCUGCUGUUCAACCUAGAAAAGACGCUCAGCCAAAGACCGAAAAUCUCGCCGCCACUCCGAAAGAAAAGAUCAUUGGAGAACAAGCAGUCGAGAAGAUCAGUUCACCUGCCCUCAAUGUGGUUCCUACCGCCUCCAACGCAGGAGCGCCUCCGCAGCGAUCUCCUUCAAGAUCGCAGGAUCUUCAGAGCAAAUCUCUCACGUCUCCUGCGAUCCAUUCCUCGGGAGAGUCUCCAGACGUCGGAUCGAGCNNAGCAAAAAAAGCACGUAGAGGACAAGGGCGCAGAAAAAGCAGUCGUAUAUUGGCCGAUGCAGAUUUAUUCAAGCCACCACCAUCGACUGCACCUCCAGAUAUCUUGAGGGGCUCAGGCUUGAGAUACCCGUCGGAACGAGCACUCAAAAUUGGUUGUGGGACUACAGCCAAAUUCACGAACGGGACUGGCGCUCCGCAACACGACAAUAGUAAGGAUACAUCCUCCAGCUCCCAGACCAAGGCCUCCACCAAAGGAUCAAAGAAGCAGUCGAAACCAAAAAGGCAGUCCCUUGGCUUGGACGAGGCCACCAAGAACAUGCUGGAGAAGGGUCAAGCCUUCGGGACGCUCUCUCAAGCUACUCCCACUUCGCAGAAAGGCAAGACUAAGCAGCCAUCGUUGACCCAGCCUGUUAAGAAAGCUGCUCCUAUGUCCAAGGCUGGCAAAGUGGCUUCAAGUCAGCCGGCCAGCAAUGCAAACGCGGGCCGAACCAUCAACCCGUACGCGUUUGAUUGGGAUAAUGCGCAGGACACGGACGAGCUUAUUCGCCAGGCCGAUCAGAGACUGGUCGAUGCCGCAAACAUGGCCCCCGAAGAUUUUUGGCAACGAUCAAAUCUGGUCAACAUGAACGAAGAGCAAGUCUUGAGCCAUAUGAUUGAGCAAGGCGUCAAACGUUCAGCCGAGAAACGUCAGCGAAAGAGGGAGAGAGAGAAUCCGAACGCAGCUACUCAAAUGCUCGACGACUUUACUACUGACAUGUCUGCAACCCAGCCAGUCCACCGGUCGGUAGUAUCACCGGUCAGGAACAACGCAAUACCCAGACCAGCAACGCAGCCUGUCAUGCAAUUCUCCAAGCAGCACCUUGACGACAGUUCUUCAUCAAGCGACGAUAGCGACGAAGAGGAUAAUCUGCAGGCCAUAGAAAAUUACGCAAAACACAAUCUGGAGAAGAAGCCUGUUACACUGCCUCGCUGGUAA